GGUCGCGGCGAGAGGGGGCGUGGCCUCGGCUGGCUCGGGCCGAUAAGAGAAGGUGUCCGCCGCUCGCUUAGGGAACGUGGUCUGUCGGCGCGGCCAGGAGGAGGCGAGGCUCCUCGCUGCCGCCUCCGACUACUUGGGAAGCGCCAGUCGGGCAGGCGAGCGAGGUUGCGAGCCCGCUGCUCACUUUCUCCACACGCCCUGCCGAGGAGCCUCGCUCCACGUCCCAACAUGGCGGGCGGGCGCUGCGGCCCGCUGCUGACGGCGCUACUUGCCGCCUGGCUCAUUGCGGCGACGUCUGAGGCCGGCCCCGAGCAGGCCGCGCUGCCGGAGGAGCAGAGCCUGGUGCUGCCCAUGUCCGCUUCCAACUGGACGCUGGUGAUGGAGGGCGAGUGGAUGCUGAAAUUUUAUGCCCCUUGGUGUCCAUCCUGCCAGCAGACUGAUUCAGAAUGGGAGACAUUUGCAAAGAAUGGUGAAAUACUUCAUAUCAAUGUGGGGAAGGUAGAUGUCAUUCAAGAACCAGGUUUGAGUGGCCGCUUCUUUGUUACCACUCUCCCAGCAUUUUUUCAUGCUAAGGAUGGGAUAUUCCGCCGUUACCGUGGCCCAGGAAUCUACGAAGACCUGCAGAAUUAUAUCUUAGAGAAGAAAUGGCAAUUAGUUGAGCCUCUGACUGGCUGGAAAUCCCCAGCUUCUCUAGCGAUGUCUGGAAUGGCUGGUCUUUUUAGCAUGUCUGGCAAGAUAUGGCAUCUUCACAACUAUUUCACAGUAACCCUUGGAAUUCCUGCUUGGUGUUCUUACGCCAUUUUCGUCAUAGCCACCUUGAUUUUUGGCCUUCUCAUGGGUCUGGUCUUGGUGUUAAUAUCAGAAUGUUUCUAUAUGCCAUUUCCAAGGCAUUUAUCUGAAGGUUCUGAGCAGAGUCGGAGGUCAGAGGAGGCUCAUAGGGCUGAACUGUUACAGGAUGCAGAGGAGGAAAAAGAUGAUUCAAAUGAAGAAGAAAACAAGGACAGCCUUGGAGAUGAUGAGGAAGAGAAAGAAGAUCUUGGUGAUGACGAUGAAGCAGAGGAGGAAGAAGAAGAAGACAGCCCAACCACGGGUGUGGAUGAGGAGCAGAGUGACACCCAGGAUCAGGGGUCCCCGAGGGAGGCCCAGGAGGAAGUAGAACCCGACGAGACUAAAGAAGACGUUCCUGAGCAGCCCCGUUCAACUGACACAGAGCUGGCAGAAGACACAUUGAGGCAACGCAAAAGUCAGCAUGCCGAUCCGGGACCAUAGAUUCAAUGACAGUGUUUCCAAGAAUAUAGACCAGAAGAAUAAGUCAGUUUCCCUCUGGUCUGCAAUUUAAACCAAAUCAUUAUUUUUUUCCUGAGUGAGCAAGCUUCUUCUAAAAAAUGAUCUCUAGUCAUGUAGUCUUAUGGCUUUAAGCCUCAUGUAUAUUGAUGAGACUCUUUGAGGCAUGACAAUCAGAAUACAGAAAAACAAAUAUGGUGUUAGGAUCUAUUUGGGGACUUGGGAGAAGCACAAGCUCAUCUACUUGGGGCUAGAGAGUUUUGACCAGAGGAAGCAACCCCUAGCUCUCAUGAGUACUAUUCGUUGACAAGGCCGCAAGCCCCAUAAAAUGAAAGCAAAGCAGCUUGAGCAUCCUCGAGAAUAGCAGAAGUCUUGCUGCUUCUUGUGUUAAAUAUUUAUUUUUAUCAAACUGUAAGAAACAUCAGUCACCAUAGUACAGGGACACAUUUUUAGAGGUAGAAAUUGAGAGGGCCUGGAUAUUAUUGAAGAAAAGAGCUUAGAAUUCAUCCUGACUCUUAAAUCUCCUUUGUUAUGUUUCAUUUCUUAACAUUUCCAACUUUUCCCAGCAUAGGCCUGCAGGCUCCCCACACUCUUCACAGUAUUUCCUUAGUGAGCAGACAGCAGCCAGGUUGACAUCAGCUAUGUUUAUUUGACUUAAGGGUUUAGAUAAUCAAGAACCACAGCCCAUGAAACUGUGACAGCCAAGCAUCUCUAAUGCAGUGUUAUAACCUUUGGAGAUUCCAAAGAAAGAAAGGAUUUUACAGGAAAGAGUUUUGUUGGUUUUUUGCCAAAAUGUAGUAAUUUUUUUCAAAAAGUUCUUUUAGCAAUAUUCUUUUUAAACCCUAGAAGUCCCCUAAGUCUUGCCCUCUUCACAAGGUAGUCUUGUGAAGAGAACUUCUGCACUGUGUUGUUUUGUUCCCUGAUCUUAACCACUUUAAUAAUAACUGAAAAACCAUUUCUGGUUUUUCUACAGUGAUGUGCUUUCGGUGAAAGAAUUAAUGAAAGUGAAUAUCUGGAAAUGAAAGAUUUGGUUUCAUUUCCUUCUUCCUUAAUCUUGCAAAGACUUUUAUCCCUGUAAAUCUCUGAAUACUCAAUCUACUAAAAGUACCCAGAGGGCCCAAUUUCUUUUUUUAAAAAAAUCCAUCCAUCUAUUUCUGUCUUACCUGAUUUAUGUCUUUGAAUAAAUUCAUAAAAUUAGAUUCCAGGGUUAUGAAAGAUGAGUAAAGUUGAUUCUACACCCCUCGGGUCUGAACAGAAUAAUAAGUAGUACAGGUUUAUGAAAUUCAAAAAGUUUCUGUCAUUUUAAAAAAGAAAUAUGCGGUAUACUAUCUGGCUGUUUAGAUAACCCCUUCCUUGUAUUAACUUUGAACACUGGAUCACUGGAAGGAGUGGAAGGUUCUCAGACUUGCUUUCCUCUUGUGCUUGAAUGAGCCUGUUGCAAGCCUCAUGCAAAGGGAGUUUUUAUUCUGCCAGAAUCCACUUUUUAGAGAUGGUUAUUUUUCAUUUUUCCAACUCAGUUACCUGACAGUCACAUCCCCCAGUAUGGUGAGGUUCAUUAAAAGAAAAUAGUUUUUCUCUAGUUUGAAAACUAUUGUUUUCAAUAGUUUGAGGCCAUCACAGAACUGAGAAACUAGGAAAACCUUGACUUUUGCCCAUUUCCUUUCCCUCCCACCACGUAGAUCUCUGAAACAUCCUUACCUAAAGCACCAUGGUUCUGAUGGUGGCAGCUCUGCCUACCUGACACUAGGAAGUUUUCUGGCUCAUUGCUGAGCUGGGCCUGUCCUCCUGUCACCGAAUUUAUUUCUCUUAAUCAGCCAAAGUAAGUUUUCAAAGAUUAUUACGUUCAAGUUCAGAUGUAUGGAAUAAGAAAGGUUUCAUAGUUUGGCUUUUCUGCAUAACCCUCAUAUUAUAGUUUUUUGGUUUUUUUGUUUUUGUUUUUUCUUUAAGUAAAGUAUUUGACUAGAGGGGAGGGAAUGAAGAAAUAAAAUCUACUUUGGCUUUUUAUAAAUAUAAGGCCAAUUUCCAGUUGGACCUGCAAAAAGUACCUAAUUAUAUAAUUUUUAAAAAAUGUAUUUUCUUUCUCAGCAAUACUUAAAAAAAAAUGGAGUGAGGGGAGAAAAACAUCUUGGAGAAGGGGAUUACUUAAAAGUUUAAGUAUCUCACUAUGAGAACCAUUUUUCCUAUUUUUCCUUUUUUUUAACAGCCCACCAAAAAAUGGGGUUUUACUAAAUCGUCUGAUGAGUAUACAUCUAAUUUCAUUUCUGUUUACUUAAUACCUUUAGGUUUGUUUUCAAUACCUACUGAAUAUAAAACUAAAGGAAAAAAGUCAACGUAAAUAAUUUGAAAUUAGAUUAACAUUUCAAUAGGAUUUUAUGGACAUUUUCUAUCGAUAAUAUAUUCAUUCCAGAAGUCAAGUGCAUGGAAACGUGAUUUAAAAAAUAAAAGAAUCAUGCUUCCCUGUAUUACAAUAUCAGUUAUUUAAUUAUACAAUAGUAUCUUAUAUAAUCAAAAUUAGGUCAAUUAAAUUAAAGUAACUGGAGAUUUUGGAAUGGGGGUGUGUGAAUAGUUGGAGCAGGUUAUCUUUCCAUCAGUUAGAAGGAGGUUGAAACUUCUAACUAGCUUUUUCUUAGUUUCUUAUAUUAUUCAUCUCUUGCUAGAUCAGCUACACCAUCCCAAUUGCUUAGAGAUCUCAUAUUGAGGCAACAAACAGGCAAUCCCACAUCUUCUCUUCUUUUUAAAGUAUAAGUGUUGAAUGGGGUGAAGUCAGGAGUCAUUCAGUUCUCUACAUGGGCUUGUACUUACAACCUGACCUUAUGUGUGUGAUCCCAGUUAGCCACAGGCCUCUUUACAUAAAGAAAUUCAAAAUAACUACUGUAGUAAAAAGUAAACAAGCUUUGGCUGGGUUGGCUUAACACUGGAGAGAGCAAAAUUUUGACUUUUUUAUGGCCCAAAAUCCUGUUGAUAGCUACGGUGUUGCGACAUGAUUUGGGUAUAUGUAAGCCUGCAGAGCCUGCAUCCUGUAAAACGUUUGGAGGUAGGUGAUAAAAAUGUCUUAAGGCAAGUACUUAACAUGUGACAUUUUAUUACCAAGUCCUUCAAGAAUGAAGCCUAUGUGUGCUUUACAGUACAGGAAAUAUUAAAGAACCAAAAAAAAGGUAGAAAAUAUGGAAUACACCUGACUUUUCAGCGUACAACCUUAAAUUGAUAUGAGUGAGAGGAGAGAUUGGUGCUUUUGCUAAUGAAUAUCAAUAUUUAUCUAUCCUUUAUCUCGGUAUUGAAGUGUUAUUUCUGCCAGUAUUAUAAAUGCGGUUGACCCAUCCUGUCAAAUAUAACAACACUUUGUAUUCACAUAAGUCUUUUGUGCUAACAAAAAAAUUCCUUUUCGUUAUCCCUUUACCUCAGUCCUACGUUUUGAUCCUGUUGAGGAUUAUAGUUUGUCCUGAAAAACCAAACGUGGAGUAAUCAAGUCCGAUGACUUUGAAAGCUUCGAAAGCUUUCCUGAACCUGAGAUUCAAUCAAAAGGGCUUUGAUAGCUUCAGACCAGGACAUGGCCUUCAGAUGGCUUAUUCUCAGUAAAGUUUCAUGUAACCUGUGACAUUGUAUACAUGUAACUCACAACUUUGAUGUGUUCUCAAUACAGUUUAAUCAUAUUUGUUACUAAAUAGUUUCUUUGUGCAAGUGCAAUUUUUAUACUAAAAAUAAUGCUUAUUUGUAUUGCAAUAUAUUAUAAAUUUAUUAUUUAUAUUCUCUGUAA